ACUCCAGUCCCCGCUGCGUAUGACAUGAGAGAACUACAUGUCCUGUGCUCGCUGUUGGAUAUUUCGGAACAGUGCGUUUCGGUGAACAAGAGUAGAACGGGGGGUGGCUGCCGUGUGUGUGAGGAUGAGGAGACGUGGGUAGAACUAAGCCAAGUUUGAUAGGAACUCAAGGGUGGGGUGGAGAGAGGAGGAAGAAGGGGCUCGGCGAGCAGCAAGUGCAUUUGUUACACAUGUUGCCUUGUAGGUACAUCAGUGCGCAAGAUGCUGACGAGAGGGUUGGGGUUGGGGUGUUUUCCUUCCUGUUGCAGGGGACCAUGGUUAUGUUGAAGAUCUCCGCUUUCCUCGUUGCCUACGCCCUGGUCAUCUGCCAGAUGUACUGCUCACAAGCCGCCCCUGCCAGACCAGGUUUAGAGUCCAUGUCAGAACGAGUCACGCUCACGGACUACGAGGCGCGAAGGUUACUGAACGCCAUUGUCAAGGAGUUUGUGCAGAUGACGGCAGAAGAGAUGGAACAGCAGGCGACGGAGGGAAACAGCAGCGUUACGACACAGAAGCGCGCCUGCAACACGGCCACGUGCGUGACCCACCGCCUGGCCGACUUCCUCAGCCGGUCGGGCGGAAUUGGCAACAGCAACUUCGUUCCCACCAACGUUGGCGCCAAGGCCUUCGGCAGGCGAAGGAGAAGCACCCAGAUGUGAGCGCUCUCCAUCAGUCUUCUGGGAAAUGAGGCGGACACCUGAAAAGAAAGAAAGAAAAAAAAAACAACCUGUGAACAAAAUUCAACACGGCAAAACUACGCAGAUAAAUACUAAACUGGCCCUUUAUCUUUUCUUUCACCUUCUUACUGGAAAAGAAAGGAUGUUUUGUCCCCAUUAUCCAUCCUGUUAUUAAUCUUUUUCUCUCUUUUUUUGGCUUUUGGCAAAUAACUGAAAAAAAAAUUUGGGAAAAAAAGCACUUUACUUUAUGUACAUGAACAAAUGAACUCCUUAAAGUAAAAAAAAAAAAACAUCCCGAUGGUUACUCUUUUUUAUACAUGACUUAUUAUUGGAAAAUAAAAUGAAAAGAGCAGUGGUCAUCACUUUCUUUUUUUCGCCCCACGUUUCACCUCGUUAGAGCACAUUUGUAGCGCCGACCCCCCGCUGAGAGUCACAUCUUAACAUUCCCCCUUUUACGCUGGUAAAGAUCCUCCCCACACAACUUUGUCUUGUGCCUUGAUGUAGAAAAAUUUACAUGAACAUGAUUGUACGGCUUCGUUUCGAGACGGCAAAGAAGAACCCGAGUGAGGAUGAGGAGGAGAAUGGUGAUGGACUCAUAUUGUAAACAAUAUUGUGAAAAACAAAAAAAUUUCAGCAAGAUUAAAAUGUAUUUUAGAUACACUUUGGUUUGAGGUAAUUGUGUUGUUCUUCAAAGCAUUUCGUAAACAGAUGUAGAGAGAGAGGGGAAAAAAAAUCACCUGCCACUUAUAUUUGUACUCACGAUGCUGUCACUGAUCCCAGAAUAAAUUUGAAAACUAUUUAACAUUUGAGUCAAAUUUACAAAUACAAACAGUCCAUAUGGAGCAGAAAUGACUCACUCCGAAUAACCCGGAUAAGUCUGGAUACAUGACAAGAAAAACGUGGAAUUGCUGAACAAAGUGCAGCCAAAAAACAACCACAUCUGGUUGACACAUGCGGCAAUAUUUUAGGCAAAAUAUAUAUAUAAAAAAAAGCCCCACAAUAUUUGAAUUUUCUGCAGGAAAUGUAACAUGAUGGAAACCUUUUGGGAGGGUUUCACUUGUUGUUACAGCAACACUCCAACAGAUGGCAAUCUGAUUAGCCGCACAAAUAGUUUCUGUGCGGCUCUGCUGAUGUGCUUCAAGAGAGGAAGAAAACCUUCCGUUCUCCAACACCUCCAGCUGCCUCCUGUAACGUCUUCACAUUUUCACAAAUGAUCUCAAAAUGGGACAGAGUCACGGUUAAUUCUGUAAAUAGCCAAACUUGACUCAGAACAUCAACCGUGGUGAAAGGCCUGAAAGGGCUCACAGCAGCAGGUAAUACUUUCCACGCAACACCGAGUGGAUUCCUCGUCGUGCAGAUGAACAUUUCUGUGUUCCUGCCAGUCAUUUGGAAUAAUUUGUUGUGCGGCGUUUUCCAUAUUAGCGAAAUUAAAUGGACCGAAUCCUGAAUCAGUGAAAAAAAAAAAAGACCUCUUAGUUUUGGAACUGAAAUA